AGUACAGUUGGUUGCUAAUCUCCCGGUUUAGAGCUGCGCGGCUGCUUCGUGCGCCUAGGCGCGUGUAAUCCUCCGCAGCUUCUUACCAGACUCUCGAGCCGCUCUUCCGCUUUUGGGGAAGUCACCUCGUGAUAGGGAUUCCCACGUGUGCGCAUGCAAUUUAGCUGCUCCUAGUCUUCAGGCUGACGUGUCAUUGCCCGGAAAUCGCUGCGUGUUUUUCGCGCCUGGGUCAUCGAGGCGGGAACCGUUAGUAUCACGUCGUGAGGUGCCGCUAGCAUCCCAGCCAAUAGCAUCGCUGGGAUUCUGGGGCUCCGCGUUUCCCCGAAGUUUCCUGAGCCGUCUUGCGACGGUGACGGCAGUGGCGGAAAGGGGGGGAACGGCGGGAUCCGCCCGCGGGAAAGAUUCGGCGGAUGCGGAAAGGGAGGGAGGGGGAGGAGAGGAAAGAGAGAGGGAAGGGGAAAGGGAGUAAGAAGGAAAAGAAGGCAAAUGAGAUGGCUAAGAAUGGCCGAGUGGAGGAGCAGGAUCAAUUCAGGGAGCUUGCUCUCCCUUCCCUAUCACAGGAGUCUCCUGCGGCGUCAGCAUCGGGCAAGUUACCAUCUGGCAUGUCGUCAUCCCCUACCGCAUUAUCUGCCACGUCAACACCUGCCACGUCAUCAACUGCGAAGGCCUCCCGAUGGGACGGAAUAGAUCCCACCAAGAUUCGAUUCGUUGACUAUUCCUCCAUGCCGAGCCAAGAGGAGAUCCGAGCCUCCGUCUUCCCGAGCCAAAACAGGAGGUCUUGGCCUGGUGAACGAAGCAGUGGUUUUGACGAGUCUCAGAGCCUGCCGAGCCAAGAGAGGUUUGGGUUCGGCCAAGAGCCAGCUGGCAGAGGUUCGGGACAGGCUCGGCGGGAUCUUGCAUCGGCUCCAGAGCGAACUGCUGCCAGAGGCUCGGGACAGGUUUGGUGGAGUGAGGAGGGAAGGGACGAGCCAGAGAUUGAUGACAAUAGUGAAAGAGAUAGAAGCAGCAAAAGUAAUUCUACAAGUAGCAGAGGCAGUAGCAGCGGCAAUCGCAGCAGUAGCAACAGCAGUCGCAGUAGUAGCAGCAGCAGUCGCAGUGGUAGCAGCAGCAGUCGCAGUAGUAGCCGCAGAAUUCGCAGUACCAGUAACAGGAGUGACAGCUGUGGGAAUCCUCAAGAAAACGCACAUGGCAGCAGCAGCGGGGGAGAAUCAGAUGAGUUUCCCGCGCAUGACUAUAACGAGUACAGCUAUGACGAGUGGGAGGAGGGCGAGCAGGACGAAAAGGCAGCAGAGGGAGAGUUUGAAGCCACCCCACGUGACUAUAACGAGUAUAAUAAGUAUAUCCCGGGGUGGGAGUGGGAGGAGGGCGAGCAGGAGGAGGAGGCAGCAGAGAGCGAGUUUGAGGCCGUGGCGCAGCUGUGGGAGGAGAUGGAAGGUGCUGGGAAGCUGCACCCGCUGAGUGCACCAGCGGGGGGGUUAAGAUGGAAGCAGGAGGCGCAGGAGCGUUUCCCUGACCUAGCGCGCAUGGCUGGCGUGUUUCCUUACAUGGGGGAUGUGAUCGAGAGGGAGGAGCUGGACACGCCCUAUGACUACGCCCCUCCUCCAGACAUCGACAGUAGAUCUUCCGACAUGAUCGACAAGCUCCAGGACCUUCUAACAGCCCUCCGGCUCUUUCUCCCGUAUGCACUCUCUCCUCUCCCUGCUCCGCCUCCUGUCGAGUCGGCAGCUGUAAAAGAGGAGGGAGGGGGAGGGGACAGAGGAGGGGAGAGAGGAGGGGAGAGUGGAGGGGAGAGAGGAGGGGAGAGAGGAGGGGAGAGAGGAGGGGAGAGAGGAGGGGAGAGAGGAAAGGAUAGAGGAGGGGACAGAGGAGGGGAGAAGGCAGGAGAGGGAGCAGAGGAAAAGGCGAGAGAGGGAGGAGCAGGGGAUAGCCAAGUGAAGCAACGGAAGCAGGUGGAUCAGCAAAGACAAGAGGAAGAGCAGCAGCUGAGACAGCAGCAGCAGCGGCAGCAGCAGCAGCAGCAGCAGCAGCGACAGCAGCAGCCACAGGCGGAAGAGCCUGUCGACAUCUUCGCGAUGGGGUUUGUGGAGGAUGAGGUCCGCGUGCAGAAUCCGGUGGUGUGCGUUCGAGGGAGACACAGGUGGCAGCAGUGGCUGCACGUCAUGGGGUCGGCUGGGGGGCACCUGCACCUGCACAACCUGUACUCUGAAACGCUGGUGAAGGAGCCAGACCGCCGCUGGAUCACUGCUCUAUGGACCAUCCUCUUAGCUAAGAGUGGGCGGGAAGCAGUGGCAGCCAUGGGGCUGACGGACUGGUGGGAUAGGAACCUUCCUGAGCACGAGGCAGAAAUCAGGAGGAACCUUCCUGCAGAGGAGGAGGAGGAGGAGGGUGAGAGACAGGGGAACGAGCCAAGCAAUAGAGGAGCCAAGCAAGUGGUCCGAAAAGCUAGUGCAGAUAAAAUGCACGAGGAUCCAAGGAAAGAGGGGGAAAGUUUUGAGGCGCCUCAAAACAAGGAUCCAAGGAAAGAGGGGCCAAGGGGGAGGAUCGGAGGCAGCAGACGUGGGGAAGGAGACGAAGAGGGGGAGGAGGAUGUUGGGAGUGAUGUUGGUGGGGAGGUGGGGAUGGAGUGGGGGGCAAAGGAGGCGGAGAGGGGAGAUAUGGAGGGGAAGGGAGGGGAGAAGGGAGCAGAUGAGAUCUACUUGAUUGGCAAGACCAGGUUUGAGAUGAACACAGAUGGGAAGAUCUCAGCCGUUGAGAGCACAUGGUUCAUCGCAGAUGAUCCAAUGGCUGUUAGAGAGACGGCAAGAGGAGAGUUGUUUCUGCGGGCGUUGCUACUCAUUGAAGAAGAGAAGACAUUGAGGCAAGUGUAGACACGGACCUCCUGGAUUUUUCACAAGAGAAACGAUAUGAUUAUCGUACAGUAAUUGAGUAAUGGUGCAAACUAGUUUAUUUUAAUCAAUAUCUCCUGCCCUG